CAGGCGUGCCGUGCGUCCCUUGCUCAGUAUGUGGCGCUUUUCUCGCCAGCUUUGUGUGCACGUUGCAAGGGGCAGCAAGCUCUCCGGACUUGGGAACAGGCCUGCCGCCUUCAUGUCCACUCUGCUGAUCAAUCAGCCGCAGUAUGCUUGGCUGAAGGAGCUGGAGCUCCGCGAGGAAAACGAGGGCGUGUACAAUGGAAGCUGGGGCGGCCGGGGAGAGGUUAUCACGACCUAUUGUCCUGCUAACAAUGAGCCAAUAGCAAGAGUCCGACAGGCCAGUGUGGCUGACUAUGAAGAAACUGUCAGGAAAGCAAGAGAAGCAUGGAGAAUCUGGGCAGAUAUUCCUGCUCCAAAGCGAGGAGAAGUAGUGAGACAGAUUGGUGAUGCCCUGCGGGAGAAGAUCCAAGUACUAGGAAGAUUGGUGUCUUUGGAGAUGGGGAAAAUCUUAGUGGAAGGUGUGGGAGAAGUUCAAGAGUACGUGGAUAUUUGUGAUUAUGCUGUUGGCUUAUCACGGAUGAUUGGGGGACCCAUCUUGCCUUCUGAAAGACCUGGCCAUGCGCUCAUUGAACAGUGGAAUCCUGUAGGCCUGGUGGGAAUCAUCACUGCAUUCAACUUCCCUGUUGCGGUGUAUGGCUGGAACAAUGCCAUUGCAAUGAUCUGUGGGAAUGUCUGCCUUUGGAAAGGAGCUCCAACAACAUCCCUCAUUAGUGUAGCUGUCACAAAGAUAGUAGCCAAGGUUCUGGAGGACAACAAGCUGCCUGGUGCGAUUUGUUCCUUGACUUGUGGUGGAGCAGAUAUCGGCACGGCAAUGGCCAAAGAUGAGCGGGUGAACCUGCUGUCCUUCACUGGGAGCACUCAGGUGGGAAAACAGGUGGCCCUUAUGGUGCAGGAGAGGUUUGGAAGAAGUUUGUUAGAGCUUGGAGGAAACAAUGCCAUUAUUGCUUUUGAGGAUGCGGACCUCAGUUUAGUCGUUCCAUCGGCUCUCUUUGCGGCCGUGGGGACAGCUGGCCAGAGGUGUACCACUGCAAGGCGCCUGUUUUUACACGAAAGCAUCCAUGACGAAGUUAUAAAUAGACUCAAAAAGACCUAUGCGCAGAUCCGUGUUGGGAACCCAUGGGACUCUAAUGUUCUCUAUGGGCCACUCCACACCAAACAGGCAGUGAGCAUGUUUCUUGGAGCAGUGGAAGAAGCAAAGAAAGAAGGUGGCACCGUGGUCUAUGGUGGCAAGGUAAUGGAUCGCCCUGGAAAUUAUGUAGAACCAACAAUUGUGACAGAUCUUGCCCACAACGCGUCCAUUGCACACACAGAGACUUUUGCUCCAAUUCUUUAUGUCUUUAAAUUCAAGAAUGAAGAAGAGGUCUUUGCGUGGAAUAAUGAAGUAAAACAGGGACUUUCAAGUAGCAUCUUUACCAAGGAUUUGGGCAGAAUCUUCCGCUGGCUUGGACCGAAAGGAUCAGACUGUGGCAUUGUAAACGUCAAUAUUCCGACGAGCGGCGCUGAGAUUGGAGGUGCAUUUGGAGGAGAAAAGCACACUGGUGGUGGCAGGGAGUCUGGGAGUGAUGCCUGGAAACAGUACAUGAGAAGGUCUACUUGUACCAUCAACUACAGUAAGGACCUUCCUCUGGCUCAAGGAAUCAAGUUUCAGUAAAGCUGACAGUAAACUGACUUCAAGUCUUUCAGGCAUUCUUGCAGCUCUUUCUUCUGAAGAACACAAAGGAAAUUAAGAUUUACCCUGAAUAAAUGCAUCAUUUUGAAUAUGA